CUGUGGACUCGUGAACCGAUGUAUUAAAGGAGAACAAGGCGUACGGCAACCAUUGGUCCCAAUUUGUACGUUCCGCAUAAUUACGUAAAUAUUCAACGAAUGUAUGGUGACUUCUCUCUAACGAUCCAAGUGAUUGUGGAUGGGCAACCGAAUAUACAAAUUAAACUUUCAACGAGAGCUAUUGCUACGUGAGGAGAAUCGAUUUUUGAGAGAGGAAAUGCACCAGAGUACUUACUUAAAUUAUCUUGCCAAGUAAGCAUAUAUUGAUUUCCCGAUUCUGUGACUGGCAAGGGACCGACCAGAUCAAUUUGUACUUUCUCGAAAACCCGGCUUGGUGUGUCCGUUAUUCGCAUUGGCAUUUUUGUUUUUAUUCUGAAAAAGCGCUCUCUAAUUCUGUCCAGGGUUUUAGAUUCUCCUUUAUGACCGCCUACAGUGGAGUCAUGACAUUCACGGAUAAUGUCACGACGCUUAUCGACUUCAGGAAUUUCGACUUCGCCGGUACACACGGUUCGUCUAUGGUGCUGAAAAUAUCGAAUUCUUCUAGUGUAACGGGGGAAAUUGAGAGUUCUAUAUCCCGAGUAGUACAAUUGAAGCAAGGAAGUCGUAUGUUCCCGGAUGUAACCUUGACCAGGGCUUCGCCCAAGAAAACGCCAGGUCCCGUUGGUAAUAAAGGUCUAUUACCGAAUCUGACAAAAAGGGCAUCCCAAGCAUGCCGUCGCUUUCAAGCGGGAAAUUAUCUGGGACAACUUGAAAGGGACAAGGAAUCUCGUUAAAAUUUAAAGAAACUUCACCGAGAGUCGAUACGCCCUGUUCG